UCAAGCACAUUCUCAAGACAGAAGUUCUGUGUCUGCCAAUCAAAUGGGCAUCAUUAUGACUUUGGUGGAACCAGUGGUGGUCAUCAAUAAACUGGGAACCUCUUUCUUCGAGAUGGCUCUCACACAGACUAUAUACAACCACUCUCUGAAGACAACUGCUGGAGAUAGUGAUCGAGCACAGACGUUAUCCUCACGCUUCCUUCUUAUUCAGAGUGUAGUGUCCUCUGUGGCAGCUCUGCUGUCCAUCAUUCCUCUGAGCCGUAUCGCUGACCAUCACGGACCUAAAGUCUUUGUGGUGGCCUCUCAGAUGGGUUCUGUUUUGGGCAUGUUUAUGCUUCUCAUCUUCAUGUACAGUGAGGUUCCUUUAGAGUUUCUGUAUUUGGGUUCCUUGUUGCACGGUCUAAGUGGGGGUGGGCCGAUGUUCUGGGCCGGGGUGGCUGCUCUGGCAGCCCUGAGCUCGGAGAAAGGCAAGCGCACUCUUAAACUAAACAUCGUGGACUUUUGUUUUGGAGUUGCAGGGGUCGUGGGAGGUCUCCUGUCUGGAUAUCUCUAUCAGAUAGGACCUUCGGUUCUCCUAUCUAUAGCAAUUCUGGUUAGUGUGGUGGCACUGCUGUACUCCGUGUUUCUUCUAUCUGACGUGAGAUGUUCUGAAUCUGAGAGUGAGCCGUUGUUACCAGAAUCUGAGAGUGUGAACAGGAUGGACAAGAUCUCUGUAGGGAUACUGAUGGUUGCUAUGAUGGUUUUCAUGGUGGGCAUGAUUGGGGCAGAAAACGUUCUUCAGCUGUACGUGUUGAAGCCUCCUCUGAGCUGGAACUCAGUGUGGGCAGGAUACGGCAGGGCUGCCACCAGUGCCAUGUACCUCAGUAGCUUUCUAGGAGUCCUGAUUCUGUUUAAUGUGUUAGGAGACACAGCUCUCACUCUUGUGGGCAUUGUAUCUAACUGCGCUGGGAUGGCUAUUAUGGGAUUUGCCAUUGAAAGUUGGGUCUACUUCUUGGCCAGAGGAAUUAUGAUGUUUGCCUGCGUUCCCAUGCCAACACUGCGAGCAAUGCUGUCCAAGAACCUGCAUCCCCAACAAUAUGGGCGAGUUUUCGGGCUCCUCCAGUUGGUUCUGGCUGUGACUGAACUUUUGUCUAAUGUCUUCUUCACCUCCAUCUACCCGCUGACUCUCAGCUGGUUCGCUGGAUUCUGCUUUCUCCUCUCCAGUGGCAUUAGCUACAUGAGUACUGUUCCAAUCCUUUAUCUAAAUGGCAGAAUAAGACAUGAAGCCAUUUGAGAAUGAAGAAUAUUAUUCAAUUUUCAUUCAUAAUAAUCUUCUAUAGACUGUAUAAUCACAUUAAAAUCGAUUUCCUAAAUGUAA